CAACAACGAGCACAUGAGGAGCAGCUGAUCGGCCGCCGACGAGCACCCGCGCCUCUGGCAUUCGAUAUCUUUCGCCCCGAGUAUCCAUUCGCAACUGCUCGAGCAUCCCAUUUUCUUGCAGGCCAGUCAGUAUACUACCGCACAGGACCCGACUUUCCAAUCACAAGGACCGGCGAGAUCCAGCCAAACCCGCCACACGCUGCUCUCGUCCCCGAGCCCACCCAAUUCUCGGCCACGACUUGCGCCCUCCCUAAGCUGCGACGCGCCCAUCUGUCGUUGAUGGGUCGUCGUCCUUGACCCAAGACCACCUCCGCCGCCGCCCGCGGCAGACCCGAGACGUCGACCGGACCGCCGCCGAGACCACGAUCGUUUUCGCCGUAUCUAUCUCCAUGCGGCACAGGCCGAGCCCCAUGCUCCCACCCCGACCAUCGUUCCGGCUUCAGGACAGAGUUGCUUCCCAUGCGGAUUGAGGCUCUAAAUCUCCUCGCUCACCACAACGCCGCACCACCCCCGGCCCUUAACCUGCUAGAGCUCAGCUGCUGCUCGCUCUCCGACAACCUCACAUAGAUGGCCGACGGCCCCAGAUACCUGCAGCAGUCGACCGGGCCAGCCUUCUACCAACAACACGCGCCCCAGAAACCACCGCUCCCCAGCGGAGCCCUUUUACCAUCACUCCUCCAUCCUUUUCUGACCACCAACCCGCCAUCGCCGUCACGAUCGCCAGACCGCCAGGGCGCCCACGCCCAGCCGCUGCAAGGCAUGUACAACCAUAACCAGCAGCAGGGACACAACUCCCGCCUCAACAACAACCCACAGGGCCAGCGCAUGCCCAUCCAUUACAACUUCCAGCAACCCGCCGGCCUGCAGCACCAAUCCCAUGCCCAGCACCACCCCAGUCUCCAGCAGGAGCCCUCGGGGCAGGGUGGCAAUGCCGGCGUGCUGGGGCACCACUCGACCUACUCGAGCGGGGUACUGUCCAACGCGAGCCCCUUCUCCGCCAACCUCCCCAAUGGCCACAACUCGGUAACCCGGGGCGGCCAGGCACAGCCCAUCACCGAGGGUUGGGCCGAGCAGCUUCGCAUGUAUAAGGACGCCGAGCGGGCACACGCCUCUAUGAUGGAGCAACCCCACUACUAUGCCCGCCUCAAGGCCCCUGAGAACCGCAACGCCACUUCCCCUGCCGCCGGCGCGACGUCCACAGCCGAGGGCGAGGUGGAGGACAGGAGACGGCCCGGGGCCGUCCAGAUCGCCAAGUCCUCAAAGCAGCAGUACUGGACAAACCUCGACAUGAGCGGCCAGCAGAUCCGGAGCCUCUCCAUGAGCCUCUUCAACUAUAUCUUCCUCCAGGAGCUCUACAUCUGCUCCAACAAGCUGACCACUCUGACCCCAGCCAUCGGAGAGCUACGCCAGCUGCGCAUCCUGGAUGCUUCCCAUAACCAGCUGACCGAUCUGCCCGCAGAGAUCGGCAUGUGCACGUUUCUCAAGCACCUGCUGCUCUUCAACAACCACAUCCACACCCUCCCCCACGAGAUAGGCUCGCUGCAUCUCCUCGAGCAGCUAGGAAUCGAGGGCAACCCCCUGGACCCCGAUACCAAAAACAUCGUCAAGACUUCAGGGACAGCGACCCUUGUCAAGGAUCUCCUUGAAAAGCAGCCUGUCCCUAUGCCUCCUCUACCGCGAAAGAUGCUCACCAUCCAAGAAGACGUGUCCCCGAGCCUAGAAAGGAUAAAGGUGUUCUCGUGGAACAUACUUGCUAGCAGAUACGCGACGGCGAUGCUAUACGGCUACACUCCCUCGGGAGCUUUGGAAUGGGAUUACCGGAGGAGGAAGAUCUACCAGGAGAUCCGAGACCGCGACCCUGAUUUCUUGUGUCUGCAGGAGGUCACCACCAACGCCUUCACGGAGGAUUUCAGCCCAGAGCUCGCAAGGCAGGAUUACAAGGGAAUCCACUUCCCUCGUACCAAGGCCAGGCUGAUGAACGAGAAGGAGGGCGCCAACGUCGACGGCUGCGCGAUUUUCUACAAGGGGAGCAAAUUCAUUCUCCUGGACAAGCAGGUGAUCGAGAUGUCCAACAUUGCGCUCAACCGUGCCGACAUGAAGACGGGCAACGACAUUUUCAACCGGGUCAUGCCAAAGGACAACAUCUGCGUCAUGGGAUUCUUCGAGAGCCGGCGCACAGGUGCGAGGAUGAUCGUGAUGAAUGCGCAUCUGGCCUGGGAGGGCACGCUCGCCGAUGUCAAAAUCGUGCAGACGGCCAUCAUGUUGGAGAGUCUGACAAAGUUUGCCGACAAGUACGCGCGCUGGCCCGCUUGCAAGGACAAGAAGAUGAUCCGGCUGCCAACCUCGGAUUCGGACGACGGGGAAGGGGAGGACGGAAGCUGGAAGAAGGAGGAGGAGGUGGUGAUCGAGCCCGCGCCGUCACAGGAGUACCGCAGCAACACGGACAUACCCCUAUUCGUGUGUGGCGACUACAACUCGACGGCCCAGAGCGGUGUGUUUGAGCUCCUGUCCAAGGGGCGGCUCGCGCCGGACCACCCGGAGCUGGCCAAGCACUCUUACGGGCUGUUCACGCGCGACGGAAUCGAGCACCCCUUCAGUUUGCGGUCGUCGUACCAGCCGCUGGUGGGGACGCCGGAGGAGAUGCCCUUCACCAACUAUGUGCCCGACUUUGCCAACGUCAUCGACUACAUAUGGUACUCGUCCAACAACCUCGAGGUUGUGGAGCUGCUGGGCCCUCCGGACGCGCAGCACCUGAAGCGCGUGCCCGGGUUCCCCAACUACCACUUCCCGUCGGACCACAUCCAGAUCAUGGCCGAGUUCGUCAUCAAGGCGCGGAAGGACAAGAAGGGCGGCGGGCAAGCGUCCUCGUCAUGAGACGGGUCCUGUUGAAUCUUAUUUUCCUUCUCCCCGCUGUCUUUUUUACCAUUGCGUACUUUGUUCCCUUUGGUCGCUUCGUUUUUGGAUCGUUCUCGGUUAGUGUAGAAGAUGAAAUGAAGGCCUACCGGUCAUCUUCUUUUGAUCCGUCGGCUCCCCGUUUCUUCUGUCUGUCGCAUCCACGCGCUCGCCUUUUUUCCCUUUUGUGUGGCGGUCUCUUUUCUACUUUGUUUUCUUGUCGCGCACGCCAAAUAUAACACGACAAGCCUUGCAUCUUUUUGCAGCCAACAGGGUUUUACUUUUGCGUGGGUUUGCCUUUGGGCUGGCGGUGUUCUGGAUCUCGGUAACAAAAUUCAGCCACGCACUGAAUGGGUACAUAUCCUGCAGGAUCAAGGGAGGUGGGAGGGGGGAGUCGGGGUGUCACGCCGUCAAUGAAAGGGGUGGUGUUUAUUCCAUGCUUCUCUCUGGUCGUCACUUUCUGUGGGAGCAACAUGGAAAAUGGAAACGGGGGCGUUUUGUUCACCUCGCGCGGAACAUGAUGGUGGGCGUGGGGAUGGAUGGAUGGGAGGGAAAAAAGGGGGGGGGGGAAGGACGGGACGCUGAGGGUCGGCCACGGUGGGUGCAAAGGAUCUGGAAUAUUGCCAUAACAAGCACGACAUUGUCUUAUCUCCGUAAAUCUUGGCUUCUUGACGAGAAAUGCGUCUCAUGUCCUUUGUCCUCUAUCACUCUCGUUUGUCUUUGUUUUCCCUUGUCCUUUUCGUCUCUUUUCCUCCUCUUCCUACUUGCCAAGCCUCCACCUCUUCUCUCAUAUUAUAUCUCCUGAUCUGAGAGCGGCGGCAAGGAUGGGGGGAGCUAGCGCCAGCGUGGGCGACGGCGUCUGAUUGGGAAACGAUACAUGUAGCUGUACGAUUAUACAUUCUCCCGUCUUUUUUUCGUCAUUUUUGCUUCUCCGAUCCAUUCCAUUGUUCGCACGAUCACGCACCUUUUUGGGUACAUCCCCACCACCGUUCGCUAUUUUAAUAAACAGCGGCCGUGAUUCGAG